AGCCUCGUUUCCGGUGUUUGUGUGGCCUUGUUGUGGUUUGGUAGAAGCUGAGGAGAGCUGAGACGGUUCCGGGUGGAGAAUACACGGCGGGGGAGCCUCGUCUGUUCCCGUUCCGUCCACUUCUGAUGACAUCACCCGUUUGAGACUCGAGCGGACGAAACGUUUUUAAGCCAUGGGGGGCGGAGAUUUGAAUCUGAAGAAGAGCUGGCACCCGCAGACGCUGCGCAAUGUGGAGAAGGUGUGGAAAGCGGAGCAGAGACAUGAGGCGGAACAGAAGAAGAUCGAGGAGCUGCAGCGGGAGCUGCGGGAUGAACGGGCCCGGGAGGAGAUGCAGAAAUUUGCAGAGGAUACCGGCGCCGUGAAAAAAAAAGACGAAAAGUUAGACUGGAUGUACCAAGGGCCGGGGGGGAUGGUGAACAGGGAUGAGUACCUCCUGGGGCGCCCGGUGGAUAAGUUCAUCCUGGACAAAAUGCAGGAUCCGGAAUCGGGGCCGUCCCAGGAGACCGGGCUUCUCCCGGGAUCCAUAUUCACCUCUUCCGGGGCCACCUCCGCCUUGGAUAUCUCCAACAAGAUCCGAGAGGAUCCGCUCUUCAUGAUCAGGAAACGGGAGGAUGAGAAGAAGAGGGAGGUCCUGAACAAUCCGGUAAAGAUGAAAAAAAUUCGGGAAUUGCUGCAGAGCAGCUUGGAGAAGAAGAACAAGAAGAAGAAAAAGAAGCAGAAGAAGGAGAGGAGGUCCAGCAGCUCUAGCGGCAGCGAUGAGGAGAGCGGCGAGGAGCGGAGGUCUCGCAAGCAUCGGGCGCACUCUCCGGCUCCUCGUCAGAAGGUUCCCGGAUACGGGCUGCAGGUUCCGGAACGUAAUAAAAGCCAUAAGAGGGAAGAGGCGCAGCGUAGGGACCGUUCGAGAAGUCCGGAGGGCUCGAGAAGUAGGGAUCGAUCAAGAGACAGAAGUCAUAAAUCUAAGACUGAACACAAGUCCAGGAGGAGUCCUUCCCCGAAGAAAGAAGAAGCGUACCGGAGGCAGAAGGCGUCCGGCUACACCAGGAAAAUGUCAGCCGAGGAGCUGGAGCGGCGCAGGUUGGAGAUGAUGCAGGACGCCAAGCAGAGGGAGGUGGAAAGAGAAAACGCCGUACGCAGGUACAAGCAGGAGGACGAGCGAGAAGAUAAGACCGAUCAUCGGAGGAAGGACAGCAAGUUCCUGCAUGAGAUGAAGCUGGCGAGCGCCGCUUCCUCCUCCGUGGAGGACCGGGUCAAACGGAACAUUCACGGGAUCCAACGGACGGCCGCCGAUUUGGAAAAGAACUUUAUGAGGAGGUGAUGAGACACAUCUUCUAUUCCAGGCCCUGGUCUUCAUGAGGAGGUGACGGGACGCGUUUUCUUAUCUUCUAUUCCAGGCCCUGGUCUUCAUGAGGAGGUGACGGGACGCGUCUUCUCAUCUUCUAUUCCAGGCCCUGGUCUUCAUGAGGAGGUGACGGGACGCGUCUUCUCAUCUUCUAUUCCAGGCCCUGGUCUUCAUGAGGAGGUGACGGGACCCGUCUUCUCAUCUUCUAUUUCAGGCCCUGGUCUUCAUGAGGAGGUGACGGGACGCGUCUUCUCAUCUUCUAUUUCAGGCCCUGGUCUUCAUGAGGAGGUGACGGGACGCGUCUUCUCAUCUUCUAUUCCAGGCCCUGGUCUUCAUGAGGAGGUGACGGGACACGUCUUCUCCUGUAUGGACCUCUUCCAUUCCAUUACUGGUCUUCAUAUUCGCACCUUUCUUCUUCUCCAAUGACUUUUCCUCACCGUAUCUCCGAUUUAAAGGUGUACAGACUGAGAACUGCACUUGUUUUAUAGAGGAACCAUCCUAAGUUGUAUCCAAGAAAAAGGGCGGGACUUGUGAGGUCCCCAAAAAAUCUCUCCCAAUACAAAUGUUACUGUAAAAAUUUAUCUUACAUUUUUUUAUUACAAAAUUAUAAAAACCUACAAAGUA